AAAAAAAUCGGGCUUAACAAUGCCGGCACUCUUCUUGAAUCUUUUUUUUUUUUAUUGCCGCGAACGUCCGAUAAAUCCUUGUGUCGUGUACUCCGUGGACACCGGCUGGUACAUAGUUUUCGCGGCAAGGCAUGGACAUUCGCAGGCUUGGACAACCUCGCCUACAACCAAGCACAGAUACAAAUGUCCCUUAACUGGGUUUGGGCCGGCGUUUCCGAACCCUGCCUGACCUUGGAGGUUGGCAACGGUGCGCCCGACCGGGUUACGCAGGUUGCACAACGCCUAGGGGUUACAGGUCACUUCAACGCCCCCGUAACCGUGCUUACUGGCCACCUGCUCUUCUACUCCAAGAAAGAGGUCAACAAGUACAACGGCAAGAAACUCCGGGAGCUGGACAACCCCGUCGCUCGUGUUAGCGCCGUCCACACGGGCGCGAACGCCAGGAGGGCGACAGCAGACACCGCGGAGGGGCUCGAGAGGGACCUCUACUUAGCCAAGGGAGCGAAGGUUAUGCUCUCGAAGAACCUGUACCAACAAGUUGGGCUGGUGAACGGCAUUAGAGGCGAAGUCGUCGAGUUGGUGUGCGCAGAUGAUGCGCCCCCGCCGAAGCUCCCCCUUUACGUUGUCGUCAAGUUUGAAGGGUACUCGGGGGGGGAAUGGUCGUCUCAGGAGAGGUAUAGACGUUGUGUCCCUAUUUCUCCCGUCGACACCACCUGGCAGGACGGGGGGACGCAGGUCAGGACGCAGCUGCCCCUUAGGCUCUGCUGGGCAAUUACGAUGCACAAGUCCCAGGGGCAGACUUUAGCCAAGGCCGUCAUUGACUUGGGGCCCAAGGAGGCCUGCACGGGGCUUACUUUCGUCUGUCUCAGUAGGGCGAAGAGACUUGUGGACCUCAUGGUAGAGCCCAUGAGUUUCGACAGGAUUGGUAACCUUGGAAAUUCGCCGACGAUGAAGGCUAGGCUGCAGGAAGAGGUUAGACUUGGGGAGUUAGCACAGAGUACGAGGGUCAAGUACACGGACAUGGGCGUCUUCAGCGCCGUCGCGGGUAACCAAUGA